UACCCUAUAUUAUUCAGUUAUUUAUUUUAUUUUUCAUGCUUUGGUUAUCUUUAUUGCAUUUCUAUAUAGUAGCAAUCAUCAUCAUGGCUUUGAAAAGCUUCAAAGGCAAUGAAUUAUUAUCAUUUUUAUAGGCUAUUACCGGAAAAAAAAAGCACACUAAAAAACCUAACUUACUGAAGUCUUUUGUUUUGUUUUGUUUUUUUCUUUUGUAAGGUAUUGAGUAGUUUUUGGUCCUUUGCUUUCAAACUUUGGAAUUUUCUUGGUGUGGGUUUUUAUGGGUUUUUAGGGGCUGAUAAAAAAAUUAGUAGCAGAAAGUUUUAUUCAUUUGGGCUGGUGAGUUUUUGUUUUGAAAGGCUAAGAAUUGGAGGAGUUGACCUAAAAAGCUAACUUCAAAUUGCUGUUUGAUUAGGGGAGUCUCUGGUUUUAGGCAGGGAUUUGAAGGUGUUUUUGAAGUGGGUUUGGGAGCCUUUUUGUGAAUGGGAUACAUUGAACGAAUCUGGUGAUGAAUUUAAAGCAAGUUUCUUUGAAAUAUUUAGUGGGGUUUUUGUGAUCUACAUGUUCAAGAAGAAACUACAUUUUGAUUAUUUUCAAGGUUUGACUUUUGAGAAAAAGCUGGUUUGAGCAAUUUAGUUGGAGUUUUUUGGUGUGAGGAUUGUGGUUUAAGGGGUUAAAGAAAAGCUGGGUUUUCGUUUUAGAUUUAGAAAGAGCCCUGUUUUGAGGCCCGUUACUGGUAUAUCGCCAUAAACAAAGGCGUUCUUGAGUUUCCAGUUUUGAUACAGGGUUAAAGGAUUUGUCGUUGGGAUUCUGGAGUAGCCUGUUUGGAGUUCUGCUGCUGAAGGUAUUUCUUCCACUGCGAGAAAAUGGCUUGCAUGAAACUGGGAUCCAAAACUGAUGCAUUUCAAAGGCAAGGGCAGGCGUGGUUCUGCACAACUGGACUUCCUAGUGAUAUUGUUGUUGAAGUUGGAGAAAUGUCCUUUCACCUUCACAAGUUCCCAUUACUCUCCAGAAGUGGGGUUAUGGAAAGAUUAAUUGCAGAAGUAUCUGAACAAGAAGAAGAAAAAAGUUCCAUAUGCCUUCCUGACAUUCCUGGAGGGGCUAAAACUUUUGAACUUGUGGCCAAGUUCUGCUAUGGCGUGAAACUUGAACUCACUGCUUCAAAUGUUGUGUACCUUCGAUGUGCUGCGAAGCAUCUAGAAAUGACUGAGGAAUAUGGGGAAGGUAAUCUUAUUACACAGACUGAAACCUUUCUUAAUCAAGUAGUCCUCCGAAAUUGGAAAGAUUCUCUAGGAGCACUUCAAAAAUGUGAUGAUAUUAUCGCUUUUGCUGAUGAACUGAACAUUACAAAAAGGUGCAUUGAAUCAUUAGCCAUGAAGGCAUCUACUGACCCCAACCUAUUUGGGUGGCCUAUAAUGGAACAUGGUGGUCCUAUGCAGAGUCCUGGCGGAAGUGUGUUGUGGAAUGGGAUAAGUACAGGGGCUAGACCAAAAAAUACAAGUUCAGAUUGGUGGUAUGAGGAUGCAUCAACUUUAAGUUUACGUCUCUAUAAGAGAUUGAUUGCAGUUAUGGAGUCUCGUGGUAUCAGACAGGAGAUUAUUGCUGGGUCUCUUACUUUUUAUGGAAAAAAAUACCUACCUGGUUUGAACAGGCGUCAGGGUGCUAAUGAUUCUAAUUCUAGUGCCCGUCUUGCACCUCUGGCCUUAGGGGCUUCUCCAUCAGAAGAAGAGCAGAAGCUUUUGCUGGAGGAGAUUGACAGGUUACUUCCUAUUCAGAAGGGCCUUGUCCCAACCAAGUUUCUCUUUGGACUGCUUCGAAUAGCCAUGAUUCUUCGAGCAAGCCCCUCUUGUAUGUCUAACUUUGAGAAAAGGAUUGGGUUGCAGCUUGAUCAAGCAACUCUGGAUGAUCUACUGAUGCCUAAUUUCUCUUAUUCCAUGGAAACACUUUACAAUGUUGACUGCGUCCAGCGAAUUCUUGAGCAUUUUCUUUCCAUGGACCAGAUCACUGGUGGAGCUUCUCCAUGUUCGGUUGAUGAUGGUCAGAUUAUUGGCUCACCUUCAUUAACACCAAUUACAAUGGUAGCCAAGCUAAUUGAUGGGUACCUUGCUGAGGUUGCCCCUGACAUUAAUUUAAAGGUCCCCAAGUUUCAGGCUCUUGCUGCUUCUGUUCCUGACUAUGCCAGGCCCUUGGAUGAUGGUCUAUAUCGUGCAAUAGACAUUUAUCUGAAGUCACAUCCAUGGUUGUCAGAAUCUGACAGAGAACAACUAUGUCGUCUGAUGGACUGCCAGAAGCUCUCCUUGGAAGCAUGUACCCAUGCUGCACAGAAUGAGAGACUUCCACUAAGAAUAAUUGUGCAAGUCCUGUUCUUUGAGCAGCUUCAGCUUAAGACUUCAAUUGCUGGUUGCUUUUUGGUUUCUGAUAAUCUUGAUGGAUCGCGACAGUUAAGAAGCGGGUUUGCAGGGUCUACUGAAGGAGGCUGGGCCUCAGCUGUGAGAGAAAAUCAGGUUUUGAAGGUAGGCAUGGAUAACAUGAGAAUGCGGGUUUCUGAGCUUGAGAAGGAAUGCUCGAACAUGAGGCAAGAAAUUGAGAAGCUAGGCAGGGUAAAAGGUUCUAGUACUUGGGGAAAUGUCUCAAAGAAAUUUGGGUUUAAGUUGAAGUCUCAAAUGUGCAGUGCUCAAGAGGGUUCUGUCAGCAACCAUAAUAACGGAAGUGGAAAGGUAGAGAAAGUGAAUGACAGGCAAGGAAAGCACAAGAAAAACUCAAGUCCAGAUGGGUAACACAAUUGGUUUUCUCUUUUAUCUCUUGACCCUUUUGUCUCAUUGUUUAUUGAGUUCUUGUUAUUUAGUUGUACUUUUAAACAUUGGUAAACUAGCUUCUCACCAUUUGAUCCCACUUUAACUGCGUGCCAUACCCACAUUCUCAAUUAUGUAAUGGAGUGUCAUGGAAGAAACUCAAGAAAGUGUAAUUUAAUUUGUUUCAUGUAAGAAUCCUGAAGAGCCCUCUCUCCCUCUCCAACGUGCUCCAGGCACUUGCCCCACUGUUAUAUAUUUCAGAUUAGUAAGCACCAUUGAAAUUAUUCUUUCUGAUUAUUGGUUGGAUUGUUCAAUAUUUGAUGUUGUUCAUUAAGAAAACGAUGCAAUGGUUGUUGCCUGAAGGAUAUACCCUUAUCUGCUAAAAAACAGCAUUGGCAGAUUGCACCCAGACUAAAUUGAUCUCAACCUGAUUGCAACCAAGGUAGAGCUAAGGCCAUGAAGAAGAUGAGAGUGGCUGGCUACUGUUUGAAGAGCAAUGUAAUCCAAGGCAUUUUUUGAGAUUGAGAAGUGAUGGGAUUGAU